AAAAAUGCAUUGUCAUGUGACAAGUCAUGUGUGUUUACAUCCACCAUGUGAAAAUGUGACAGUUAUUUUCAUUUUUGUAAGAAGUUUGAACACAUUACGAUGGCUAUAUUUUCAGUAACCAUUGUGUGCUUUGUCACUUUUAUAGUUAGAGGAUGUACAUGUUUAUCAACUUUGACAUUCUCCAAGACUGAUAUAAAAUUAGCUGUUGAUUCUACAGAGCAAUUAACACUCUCUCCACAACCAACCAUCCUUGAAGAUGCAACCAUUUUAUUUAUGUAUGAAAGCGGUAAAGACAGUUCUUACAAAGAGAAGCAUAAUUUGAUAGUACCAGUACCUAAUGUAAUUAUACAUGGAAACACAACACAAGGAGUGAAGGUCAAUAUAACAGCAGUAACUGCAGGACAUCUGACGUUACGAGUCAAUUCAUCAUCAUCAGAAAUAGAAAACUUAGAGAAAUGCUAUGUAAGAAUAACAUUAGUACAUAAUAAAGCUCUGAUCAUUAUCAAUGCUGUGAUUGGAUGGAUAUACUUUGUUGCCUGGUCAGUGUCAUUUUAUCCACAAGUCAUCUACAACUGGAAGAGAAAAAGUGUUGUUGGACUAAACUUUGACUUUUUGGCUUACAACAUUACUGGUUUCCUUGCCUAUGGAUUUUUCAAUGUUGGAAUGUAUUGGGUAGAUAGCGUGAAGAAAGAAUAUGCAGAUGCACAUCCAAGGGGAAUUAAUCCAGUACAGCUAAAUGAUGUUAUAUUUACAAUACAUGCAGUAUUUGUCACUAUUAUUACUAUUUUCCAGUGCACAAUGUAUGAGAGAGGUGGACAGAAGCUUUCCAAAGUUUGUUUAUUGUUAGUGACAGGAUCAUGGUUGUUUAUACUGGUAUCAUUAUUUGUUACAGUAGCUAAAGUUAUAACAUGGCUGACAUAUCUGUACUACUUCUCCUAUGUCAAGUUAGGAGUUACACUUAUAAAAUAUGUUCCUCAGGCAUAUAUGAAUUUCAAAAGAAAAAGCACAGAAGGUUGGAGUAUUGGAAAUGUUAUAUUAGAUUUUACUGGUGGAUCAUUUAGUUUGUUACAGAUGUUUCUAUUGGCUUACAAUAGUGAUGACUGGUCUUCUAUAUUUGGAGAUCCAACGAAGUUUGGUCUUGGAUUCUUUUCCAUUUUAUUUGACAUAUUAUUUAUUAUCCAACAUUAUGUGCUAUACAGAGGAAGAACACCACUCUAUACAAUAAUACCAGACACAACUGAAUAUAUUGAAAAGCCUGUCAAUACACCUACUAUUGUGUCAACAGGAUAACAUCUAUAUGUGAAAUCAAUAUUUUUUUUAAGAUAUGGUACAUGUGUUUAGAUUUUUUUGAAUAUUUCUAUUUUUUUUUAUAUGUAAAACAAUUUUAGCAUUCAUAAUCUUGGUUUGAAUACUCAGUGAGAAUAAAUUUCAGUCAUACGGAAAAGAAGGUUAAGUUUGAUGAAACUGAAAAUAAAACGAUAGGAGGCUUUUUGUUUACCCAUUAUUGAACUAAAAUACAACUAGUACAUAAAAAAGAGUGUGAGUAUCAGAGGAACAAAAAAAAUGGAAUCUCCACAUUCUUCACUGGUGAGGUUGUUUUUUAAGCCAUUUUUUUGCAGUUUUAUUGAAAAUCAGUUGCAUUAUAUGUUGGAUGAAGUUUAAAGUAUUUGAAGAACUUUUACAUAUGUAAUUGAGUAAGUUUUGUGCAUCAGUUUACUUUAUAUUGAUUAUUAUUGUCAUUCAAACAUCAUAUUUUUGAAAAAUCCAGUUUAAACUUAACUGAAGUACACAAAAAAAUUCUGACUUCUUAUGCAUAUUACAGAUGUAUUGACACUGACUCUGUUUAUUUUACUGCACUAAAAGUUAUAUUGAAAAAAGUGAUAAAUGGCUAAUUAGCCAUUAGAAAAAUCUUGAUUAUUUUAAGUAUUCAACUAAAGAAAAUUGAACAGUUUAGAAUACUAUUAAAUAUGUGUAGGAUUCUGAACUGCGAUGGUCAAGCUGAGGUGUGUUUUUGAUCACGCUGAAGUGUGAUGGUGGCAUUGUGAUGCUAUCUUGUUGAUAGCUACGCCUAAGUGCGAUGGUGGUUACGCUGAAGUGCGAUGGAUUACAUAAAUCAAAUUUUCAAAGUUUUUCCUGUUUACAUUUUGAUGUGGAAGUCAAUUUCUUUCUUAGAAGGAGCUUUUUGGUUUUUUUUAUGUAAAUCAUCGAGAGUAUGACCCGUUUUAUAUAAAACAGUCAAGAUAAAUAGUCAUUGCAGUUAAGUCCUCACUGUAACGUUGUAGUGUACACUUUGUGAAUAGCUUUAAUAAACAUCUGUCGUUCAUACAAUCGUUCAGAAAUUGAUGCUACAUACAAAAACUAUUUUUCUUUAAAAGCAGUGCUAAUUACAAUGACUGAAAAACAUGUGGUAGUUGUUUGAAAUGCAAAUACUUCUUGGUUAGUCAGAACGAUACAAAAUAAGAGAAAAAUGAAUACUGCUGCUGUGAAUAAGAACAAGGAAUAAGAUAGAUCACCGGUAUGUUAUACUGCAACUGGAGAAAAUAUUGAAUGUUUGGUAUUGAUAUACUAACUUAUAAUAUAAUCAAGCUCUCAUGAUAAUUGAACAUCAAUUUUAACCUAGCCAUCAAGCCCCUUAUAGACCAUCGCACAUCAGUGAAAAGACCAUCGCACUUCGGUGAAGACCAUUGCACAUCAGCAAAUGGACCAUCGCACUUCGGCGAAGACCAUCCCACAUCAGCGAAAGGACCAUUGCAAUUCGGCGAAGACCAUCGCACAUCAGCGAAAGGACCAUUGCACUUCAGCGAAGACCAUUACACUUCAGCGUGACCAUCGCACUUCCGAGUCCUACAUAUGUAGAAUACAAAUCAGAGAGAUAAGGGCAAUAACAUCCUGUGCAACAAGACUUUUAAUUAUUGCUACAGAGAAAGAGAGGAACUUUGAAACUAAUUGAAUAUUGAAAUGUGAAGAAAAUAUAAAUUGUCAGAAUGCAAAAUCACUGAAAAAUGAAAUAAAAUGAAUACCAGUCAAGUAAAGUUACGUUACACAAGAUCCAAACAGACUUCCUUGCUUGUAUUCUUUUAUUCUCAUUAUAUGCAGCUUUUUCAUAAUUCAUGCAUUCACAUUUACAUCUGAGUUCUCCCCCUGCUAUUUGGUGGGUUUUGUGUUGAUUAAUCUUUAUAAAUUUCUGUGGACUAUUGUUUAUCUUUUCAUCCUAUUUUUGGGACCAUGGUGUUGUCUGAUUUUCUUUUACUAAUGGUUAAUGAUAAAACUAGGUGGCAGUGGUAUCAAUAUUCUGCAAACCAUCAAAUGAGGAAAGUGCUAGCAUGUUUACAGGACGGUGUGUAACAGAAUUGUGAAUAUGUUUAUAUAUGUAGUAAUUACAGCUCAUACUUCAUUAUUUGUAUUCAGGUCUAAAAGGUUCUGUUAUUUUCUGUUUACAGUGAUCAAUUAAUAUGGUUGUCAUUAUUUCUUGUUGAUAAAUUGUUGUUGUAUAACUUUUGAUAAAUAAUAUAUUAUUGUCAUAAAUUUGUUUAGAUAAAUAGAUAUUUUUACUUCA